AUGUGGCCAUGUUCACCACCUUAUAUUAUAAAAAGAAACAGUUGUACUAGAAGUCUUAACAAUCAGAGUAAUUAUUAUUACUCCGAUAGUCGUUUCGGUGCUUGGGCUAAUAGAGAAGAGCUUCAACCGACAUCUCAAGAAGCUCUCGCUAGAGAGUUUGGACAUCCUAAGAAUGUAGCAUGGAGCGGAGGUCCUUUACAUUGCGAGUGUGAACACGGGGUAGACUUUUGGGCCCAUGGCGGUAAAUAUAUCAAAGAUAAUGUGAUCGCCAUUAAGGCAGUGUCUUUCAACGAUAAUAUUUACAUUAUCACUCCAAGAUUGAAGCGAGGUGUGUUAGCAACGGUAUGGCAGGUGAUCAAAGGGCGUCACGGAGUUGAACUAGAUGCCUUCCCCAGUGUCACUGACCACGUGCUAGCUGACUGCGACGCGAUACAGAACGCAGUUGACUGCCACCUUGAUCAUUUGGGCAACCUUUGGGUCCUGGACAGCGGCAUUGUAGACACCAUAGAUAACCCGAGAUGCACUUGCCCUCCUAAAGUGGUGGUCGUCAAUAUCGUCCUCAAGAAGGUGACGAAGACAAUUAAGUUGACUUCGACAGCAGAGCCCAUGUCACAGCUGCAGAACAUUGUCGUAGAAUAUGCUAUUACUGGUACAUUCAUUUACAUUUCGGAUGCAUCGCGUGGUGCCAUCAUCGUCCAUGACGUGUCAAGUAAUGAUGGCUGGUCGGUGCUGGUCUGUGCUCCUGCUAUCGGAAUACAACUGGCCCUGGUAAAGAGAGGACCUCUGCACAACUCUCUGAUGCUUGUCAGAAUAAAUCAUAAGGGUGUAAUGGAACUCGAUACCGCGACGUUGAAGAGAAAAAUUUGCAAUUCACCUUUAACUGUGAUCGGUGAAAAAGACAAGGCAGUGUUUCUCCUCGGCUUCGACGCUCACCAUUUAUAUUUACGACAUUCAGAAUGCGCAGAUGUCCUGUCCUGGGACAUUCAGAAGCCGUACUCCAACCUCAUAAAUAUACACUCAGCGGGCCCCCAAAUGGUCCCAACCUCCGUCACUAGCGACCCUCUAAAAUACUCACUUCUCGUAUUAGAUACUAAUUACGCAGAAACAGUGCUACAAACAAAAGCAACGUAUCAUAAAUUAACAUUUAUUGGUCAAGUUUGAUUUGUUCAUAACAUGUUACAUAAAUAUAAUAAACAGGAUGUAACAAUAAUGCAACAGUUUUAUUACCCGAUUUAUUUGGGGCGAA